CUCUGGGCCACGAGAAUCAACAGAGUCUUCUUCAUUUCCUACGUCGCCUCUGUGACGCUGUUUCUAUCCCUCAUCUUCAAUGAAUGGAACAGUUAGAUGUCCACAGUGAAUACUCCGUAGUGCCUCAGUAUCUGUAUCAUGGAGUUAACUGUCAGGAUAAGUGCAGUUAUCAGGAUGUUUUGAACCACCUGAACUUGACCAAAAACAAUGAGCUGUUCUCCAUGACCCGGCCCGUGAAGAACCACAGACGCCCCACACAGGUUUACCUGGAGGUUCUGCUCUAUGCCAUUCUGGAUGUGGUUGAGAAAGACCAAAAAUUCAUUCCCUACGUUUGGACUGUCAUGAGGUGGCACAACGAAUACAUCUCCUGGGAUCCAAAUCAGUUUUGUGGCAUUGAUAAUGUCUCUCUUCCCACUGAGAUGUUGUGGAAGCCAGAUCUCACUAUCGAAGAAAUGACAGAAAAGGACAGAGCUUCUCCGAGUCCUUAUCUCUCUAUCAACGAUAGAGGUGACGUGGAAGUCCAGAAUGACCACGUGCUGGUCAGCACCUGCAGGAUGCACAUUUAUAAUUUCCCCUUCGACAUACAGAGCUGCAACCUCUCCUUCAAGUCGGUCAUACACACCGUUAAGGACAUUCGUCUCCGACCGAGCGACAACUCCUCGGAGGCGACGGAGUGGUCACGGGAGGUGAUGCGGACGCAGUACGAAUGGCUGUUCAUCAACAUGACGGUCACCGCCAACAACGCCAGUGAUCUACUCAGCCAAGACAUCAUUGUUUACACUAUCAACAUGAGGAGGAGAUCUGUCCUCUACAUCGUCAACUUCAUCCUACCCAUCCUGUUCUUCUUGAGUCUGGACUUGGCCUCGUUCCUGAUCUCGGACAGCGGGGGCGAGAAGCUGAGCUUCAAGGUCACUGUGCUGCUCGCCGUCACUGUGCUACAGCUUAUUCUGAAUGAAAUUCUGCCUUCCUCGUCCAACAGUAUCCCACUUAUAGCCGUCUACUGCAUCGGGAUUUUUGCUCUGAUGAUGCUCAGCCUCAUGGAGACGAUUUUGGUGAUGUAUCUGAUCGAGAAAGACCCCCGAGACAAAGAGACAGUUAAAAAACAAAGCCUGAGUAAGGACUGUAACAAUCAGGGCAAAGCCAACAUCCACAACUGUCACGAAGAGAUGCACAAAUGGACUCAUCAGUGUGCGCGUAUCUAUGAUGGAGCUGGCGAAACUUCGUCUGAGCUGUUGCCCGUGGCCAAAGAGCACACCGGCGGCAAGCUGGUGGAGGAGUACGGCGCCUUGGAGGAGGUCUCGGACGAGCUGAGGAAGGUGGAGAAGACACUGACUCUGCUCCUCAGAAGCAGGAGGGACGAGUUCGAGCCCGGCUACUGGACCAGAGUGGCUCAAAGAGUCAACAAAGCCUUCUUUAUUUUCUAUGUCACGCUGGUCUGUUUGUUUUUGAUCGUCCUCUUUCUGAAAUGGAAAUGCAACGACGAAUGAUCAUUGCUGCACAAGCCGAACAGUUUGUCUUUGUCACGACUAGACUCAGAGCUGAGGAGCACACUUUGUUGCACUUCCGACACAUACGCAGCUUUAACAACCGAGCAAUCCCGACGAAAUUAUUACAAACUCAAACAUGAAAUCACACAAGCACGGCAACAACGUGUAGCUCAAUCUCAAGUUAUAAUCCGCCCUGGUUUAUUUGCUACAUCUGUGGUCGCGGCAAGUGUGUUUUACUGCCGCCGUCCUAUUUGAAUACUGGGGAUUAAUCUGCACAUCUUUGAAAAAUAUUUAGCUCUGGAAGCUCAGUGAUGUAAGGACUACAUGCUGUAGCUGAUGGUAUCUUUAUUUUGUUAUCGGGUUAAAUUCACUGUUAAUUCACAGUUUCCACACAGUUAAUUAAAAACAUUGACUCAUUUGACUUUAUACACAAAUGGAGGAGGGUUUGAUAAACGUAAAAAAAAACAGCUGAUGAGCUGCAAUUACUUUUCUCCAUUCUCCAGAUUCUCUGUCCUGUUGAAUGUCGGCCUUUCCGUGGAUGCAAAUGUGUGGGUCAAAGUUUACCACAGCGGAUAGAUUUGAGCAGAUUUACAAUCCACAACUCUUAAAGAUUUCAGUUCAGCAUAAUUUUGUGUCGAGGCCUUUGGAGCAAGUUGAACAACACAACGGUGGGUUGAGGGGAUUUGUUUUACUCAUUAAUAAAGACAGAAAGUCUAUAUUUUAAACAAGUUAUUCAUUCAACACAACAACACAACAUGCUGUUUAACCUUUGCUCAGUGCUGCAUCUUCACAGUAUGAACUUAUAACGAUUGAAGUUUUUUAUUAUUAUUAAUUGUAUAUCAAACUGUGUUUUCUUGAUUAUUAGUAGUAUUACAGAGAGCAACACCUAAAUGAUGACAUUUGAAGUUUUAAUGAUUUUUCACAUAAAUCAUUUACUUUAUUGACUGUACUAAAGUAUAUGUAAGAAGAAUGAAUCUGAAUUUUUUCUAUAUCCUUGCAGAUUGUAAUUUACUAGUGCAAAAAUACAGUAAAAAGUUGGAACAAAAAAAAUACAAAAAUUCCAGGACUGCAUAAUCACUAUAGAUAAAACAAACAGACAACAGCAUGUAUAGUAUAAGCUCUCAUGCUGUACAGUACAGUGAGGGCUCUUGUCCUCCCUCUCUCCUGCAUGUCGAGGCAGAUGUUCCGCUCCCACAGCUGAGUCCGGUUCUGCUGGAGAGAAAAAGGUAG